GCUUUUCCUAAUUGGUUUACAAAAAUAUGGCAAGGGGAGUUGGAAGAGCAUCUCCAAGCUCGUCAUCAAGACCCGCACCUCGACUCAGGUUGCGAGCCAUGCUCAAAAGUAUUUUAUACGACAAAAGGCACUGGCAGAGAAGAAAGAGAAGAUGCGCGCAAGCGUCCAUGACAUGAGUGUCGAUGAUCUUGAUACACAAGCGAAUGAGGAGUUGAGCUCAACUGAGUUAGUCUCGGAUAUGAUGCAUGAGCUCUUAAGGCCGCAAGUGGAACCUACCCAAACUUAUGGGUCCAUCCCGUCCCCUAUGGCAUACGAAUUCCCAAUGCAAGAGGCAUCCAUGUUACCAUUAGACGUCAUGCCUUUUAGCCAAUUUCAUCCUUGGAAUAAUGAUGACCAUCCGCAUAUGUGUGUGCAUGAUCUUGAUACACAAGCUACUAAGGAGUUGCGCUCAACUGAGUUAGUCUCGGAUAUGACACAUGAGCUCUUGAAGGCGCAA